AUGAACGACACAGUAACUAUUCACACUAGAAAGUUAAUGACCAACCGACUGCUUCAGAGGAAACAAAUGGUCAUUGAUGUCCUUCACCCCAGGAAGGCAACAGUGCCUGAGACAGAAAUUCGGGAAAAACUAGCCAGAAUGUACAAGACCACACCGGAUGUCAUCUUUGUAUUUGUAUUCAGAACUCAUUUUGGUGGUGGCAAGACAACUGGCUUUGGCAUGAUUUAUGAUUCCCUGGAUUAUGCAAAGAAAAAUGAACCCAAACAUAGACUUGCAAGACAUGGCCUGUAUCAGAAGAAAAAGACUUCAAGAAAGCAACGAAAGGAACACAAGAACAGAAUGAAGAAAGUCAGGGGGACUGCAAAGGCCAAUGUUGGUGCUGGCAAAAAGUGAGCUGGAGAUUGGAUCACAGCCGAAGGAGUAAAGAUGCUGCAAU